UUUUUUUAGAAAUUUUAUUUAAAAAAUUAAUGGGAGAAGAUACUUGGACUGUUGAACGUUUUCAAUCAGAAUUAUUAAAUGCUGAAAAGACUGGGCAAUUUACUUGUAAAGAUUUGGAGCCUUUAUGGGAGAAAGCAAAAUUAGCAAUUGAAAAUGGGGAGGAAACAUGUUCUUUAUAUACAACAUAUAUUUACUUGACUUUUAGACUUUUAAAGAAACAAGGUUCCUCUGAUUUCUCAGAUAUCGAAGAAUUAUUUGAAGACGGAAUUCUUAUUGUUAAUGAAUAUUUUGAUCAAUAUUCCGAAUCUUUUAUACAAUUUCAGAAGAAUUUUGCUUAUUUUUUAUACGCGAAAAUGGGGAAGCUUGAAAGGGCCAGAGAAAUUUGGACUGAACUAUUAAAAGGUGAAAACGGCCCCUUUGCUUGGUUGGAAGCCAUUUCUUUAGAACGAAAAUAUGGAGAUGUCGAAUAUGCUCGAAAACUUUUUUAUAAAGCUUUGGAUAACGUCAACUUCCAUCCUCAUGUAAUUUAUUCAGCAUUUAUACAAUUUGAAAGGGAAGAAGGAAAUCGGUCAGAAUUGGAUUUGGCUUUAGAAAGAGUUAAUUUAAUUGCUUCUAAUUUUGCGAAAAAUGAAAAAGAACAAGAUAAACAUCUGAGGAAACGAAAAAAUUUUGAUGGAAAAAAGCAGGGAAAGAAUGAAGGAGGAAAAAGAGGAGGUGGAGGGGAUAAAGGAUUUAAUAAGAAACAAAAAAUUGAGGAGAAAAAUGGAAAUAAUUUGGAGGAGAAAAGAAGACCACAACAAAAGAAUAAGCAAAAGAAUGAGGUUACAAGAGGUGAAGAAAUGGAUAUUGACACUCUUGAAGAGGAACAAGUUGAAGGAGGACAAGGAAAGGUAGUUACUUUUGAAACAUCAAGUAUUCCAAUAGGCCCUAUAAUUCCUGGAAUAAAUGAUCAACAACAAAAGAUGGAGAAAAAAGAAGAAGAAAAAAAUAAUGGGAAGGAGGACGUUGAAAUGGAACAACAACAACAUCAGCAGCAACCUUCUACUAAAUUAAAUGAAAAAGGAACAAAAGAAAAAAAAUUUGGAAAAGAAAAGCAACAACAAAAAUUCUCUUCAAAAGAACAACAAAAUUCUUCCUCAUUUCCUUAUUCUACUGGAUUAGAAAAAAAUAAAUUAUUUGUUAAACAUUUACAUUUUGGUGUUAAAGAAGAUGAAUUAAAGAAAUUCUUUUCACAAUUUGGCAAAGUUUUGGAUGUUCGAAUAAUUACAAAAUGGAAUGGACGUUCAAAGGGUUGUGCAUAUAUUGACUUUGAAACUGAUUCGGAAGCAUCUGCAGCUAUAUUAAAGGCUAAUGGGGAGAAAAUUAGAGGAAAAGAAAUUGCUGUUUAUUUGAGUAAUCCACCAGAGAAGAAAAAAGAACAACUACAACCUACAGAUAAUUUGCCAUCUUCAUCAACAACCCCAGCAACUUCAAAUAAUCAACAACAACAAGAGAAACAACAAAAAAUUAAACAUUCUUUAAAUUUUAUUCCAAGAGUAACAGCCCAAAGAAUUGGUAAAGCAAGUCGUUUAAUGUUACCUACAAGUAUUUCAAAAAAUAAAAAUGUUGAGGGAAAAGUUGAAGAAAAAUCAACAACAGAAGCAGUUAAUUCACCAAUGGGUGAAAUUGUUCAAUCAACAGAAGAAAUAUCUAUGGAACAAAAAUGA